CGGGCAUCGGUUUAAUUCGCAGUCGCGUGGCAUCAUGGCGGACACACACAGCAGCAAUAACCACGUCCCUGUUUUAUUCUCCUUCUCUGUGUUCUCGAGGCCCUCGUCUGUGUCCCUGGGCUCUGGAUAUGAAGCGCUCAUCCAGAAGUUCCUGUCCGUGUUCGGGAAUCAGAUCGAUGUUCAGCGGAAGUUGGUGCUUCAGUGUUUCUCGGAGGAAUGGGGACAGUACAUUGAUUUACCGAAGGGCUUUAAGGUGUCGGAGAAAUGUCGGCUGAGAUUAGUGCCUCUGCAGAUGGAUACCACGACGCUGGGAAACCUCUCUCCGGUCACCACCGUCUUCUUCUGCUGUGACAUGCAGGAGAGGUUCAGACCCGCCAUCAAGUACUUCGGAGACAUCAUCAGUGUGGGCCAGAGACUGUUGCAGGGUGCUCGUAUUCUGGGGAUUCCUGUGCUGGUUUCGGAGCAGUAUCCUAAAGGUCUGGGCAGCACGGUUCAGGAGCUGGAUCUGAUUGGGGCCAAAUUGGUUUUCCCCAAAACCAAGUUCUCCAUGGUUCUUCCGGAGGUGGAGGCUGCUCUGGCUGAGAUCCCAGGAGUCCGCAGUGUGGUGCUCUUCGGCGUCGAGACACACGUGUGCAUUCAGCAGACCGCUCUGGAUCUGAUUGGACGAGGGUUCGAGGUGCACAUUGUUGCUGAUGCCACGUCCUCCAGAAGCAUGAUGGACCGCAUGUUUGCUCUGGAGCGGCUGGCGCGCACCGGGAUCAUAGUCACCACCAGUGAGUCGGUGCUGCUGCAGCUCGUGGCUGAUAAAGAGCAUCCCAAGUUCAAAGAGAUCCAGAACAUCAUCAAAGCCAGUGCUCCUGAGUCAGGCCUGCUCUCCAAGGUGUGAUCCAGCUGGGCCCUCAACACACACACACACACACACACACACACACACACACACACACACACACAGCACAUGCAGUAGUAGUGAAAAAGGUACAUGUAGCUAUAUUUGAUGUGCAUAAUUUCUGGUCAUGUAAUCAUAAAUGUACCUGUCAGCGUGUGUUGUGUGAGAGCAGAUGAUCUGAAGAUGUGGAUCCAUCAAGUCUCUGUCCAGAUCAAGGUCAGAUAGCUGUGAUGUUACUGAAACGCUCUGAAUGUAGAGUCAGGUUCACUCAUUUCUUCUAGAGCUUUAGUUUGGAGGUUUUUCUUCUUUCAGAUAUUUGAGCCCUUUAGAUGUCUGACUCCGUCUGGAAUGAUGUGGAAAGCAUUAGCUUGUUUCUCUACCCUUCCUGUGUAUUAAUAGAUGUUUGUUAGUCUUCUGUACUCAGUUACUGUAUUUUAAAGCUGUAUUUUCCACAAGUGUGGUGUGAACAUCAAACUACCUCUCGUACCGAUUCAUGCUCACAGUUCAGUUAGUUACUUAAAUCAAACUGAUAUUCUCUUUAAACUGUCACAAGAUCAACACCUUUACUAAAAGCUGAAGCUCUUUCAGUGGAAGCAGAAUAUAAUUUUUUUAAGACCUGCUGUUACAGAGUCAUUUUCAGAGCAUCAGAUUUGGUUCUACAUAUUUCCAGAAAGUGACUUUUUUGUGUGAACAUUUGUUACUCUAUUGUUUGAAUUGGUUUAAAUUAAUUUAUUUGCCUCCCUCUACAGACUGCACUAAAUUUGGAAGCUUUCCUGAAUUAUCAUUUACAGUUUGAUUUAUUAUUUAUUUUGUGUGUAAAUGUUUAUUUGUGUUACAAUCUCCAUUUUGUUGUGUGUAUGUAUAUUGGUAAAAAUAUGUAUUUAGUGCCUAUUUAUGAGCAGUCACUACUGAUUGUACUAAGCACAUAUACAUUUUCUUUCUUUUAUUUUUUUGUGGAAAAAGUGGAUCUUUAAUGCUCUGUUUAGCUCUACAGUUCCAACUUUGUUUUUGUAUCUGCUCUGUAUUUUUCUGAUAUGAAUAAAUGUUUAUAUGUUCAUAAAUGUAUAUGAAAGUCCAAAAACAAUUAGUAUAACUUCAGUCAGCAGUAAUCAGUGUCCAAACACAUCGAGAAGGGGAAGAAAUAUUAGUUUUCAAAUUUAGUAGAACACAAAAUAGUUAAAAUAUAGUUCUGGUUUUCUCUGCUAAACAACUGAGUUAAGACGUAACUAGUGCUUCCUGUUGGUGGUCUGUUUCCUCAUUUUUUGAAAAUAAAGGUCUUCAAUGCUUACAUUUAUACAUCUUUAUUAACCAUCUACUCUACCAUCUUUUUUUUUUUUUUUU